ACAGCAGCAGCAUUAGCGAGGGAAAGGGAAUCAGGAAAGGGAACCCUAAACCCCGGCCUCCUUUCGCUCCUCCCUUUGAGAUUUCUCCGCGAAGCGAGCUGCGGCUGCCGCUACUCCCGCUGCGGCUGCUGCGUGCAGAUCGAAACCGACCGAAUGAACUUUGUUGUCAUUUAUCAGGAGCAAGAUUCGUGGUAGAACAAGCUGUUAUUUUUCUUUUGGAUUCGUGGAGCAAGAUUCCUAGUGGAACUAGCUGAUUUCAGAUUGAAGGGAAGGAGCUAAUUUAGGGGGAGAAUGUCGGCGAAGUGGAGGUCACUGCAGCAUCGACACCGGUAUACCUACACUUCAGUUGUAUUCCCCAGGCACUACCUUGAAGCACUAGCUCUUGCGCCGGCCGAGGUCACGUCGUCCAAUUUCUUUACCCAAUUGAACAACUUGACCCCCCUGACCUCCACCUACUCGCAAAUCGCCGUGGUCAAGGACCUUGCCUCUGCAUAUGUGCAGUUUCUUUCUACUCCUGGGACUCCUGAUGAUGCUGUGCUUGUCGCCACGAAGCUUUACCUGGAGAUCCUCUUCCUUGAGAACUCCCUUCCUCUCCACCGGACGCUCAUAUCCGUGCUCGCCAAGUGCAAGAAAUUCUCCCCUGUGAUCAGCGGGUGCUUUGCGUCGCUCUGUGAGGAGUAUGGCAGCUCCGGUAGCAAGGCAAAGAAAAGAUUUUCGGUUUCUCGGGCGGCCUUGUCGCUGAUUGGGUACCCAAAGUUGGGAUUUUUGGAUGAGGCGGUAGAGAGGUGUGCAGAGAUCAUGGCAUUGGAUGUUGUUGAUGGGCUUGAUGGAGUGACUAGAGACAUUGGUGAUGGGUCCCGGCCAUCUCCAGUUGUGAUGGAGCAAUGCCAGGAGGCCAUGUCUUGCAUGUACUACCUGCUGCAGCGCUACCCGUCUAAGUUUACUGGCCUUGACAAGGCUUCUGAUGUCUUCAGGAGUGCUGUUAGGACAAUACUCUCUGUUCUCAAGUCAUCUGCCUUUUCAAGGGAUUGUCUGGUGGCCUCUGGAGUAAGCUUCUGUGCUGCAAUUCAGAUUUUCAUGAGCGCCGAGGAGAUUUGCCAGUUUAUUUCCCAAGGUCUAUUCGGUAUCUGUGCAGAUCAUGAAGAUAGAAAAGAUCUACGUGGGCACAAUGUGCUUUCUGAUUUUGAUUUGUGUGAAGAAAUCAUAGAUCUUUCGGUUUUGAGUAGACUUUGUUUGCUAAGAGGGAUUUUGACAUCUAUUCCAAGGACAAUACUCAACAUGCGCUUGCUUCAUUCCAAUGGAUCUGUAUGGACUGUAUUGUAUGAUGGGAUUUUACCUGAGCUUUGCAAGCAUUGUGAGAAUCCAAUUGAUAGCCACUUCAAUUUCCAUGCUCUUACAGUGACACAAAUAUGUUUGCAGCAGAUAAAGACUUCUGUUUUAGCUGAUUUCACUGACUUCUCUAGGGACUAUAAGCCUUUUUCAAGAGAUGUUAUCAACUGUAUAUUGAAAAUCAUAUGGAGGAACCUGGAAGAUCCUUUGAGUCAGACAGUAAAACAGGUGCAUUUAAUCUUUGAUCUCCUAUUAGAUAUGGAAAUAUGUAUUCCAUCAGAAGGCCAUGGACAAAACAACAAAUUAUUCCUGUGCAAUAUUGCAAAUGAUUUACUUCGCCUAGGUCCUCGAUGUAAAGGGAGAUAUAUCCCUUUAGCUUCUUUGACAAAGCGAUUGGGUGCCAAAUCUCUUCUAAGAUUGGAACCAGCCCUCCUUUCAGAAACUGCUUAUGCGUACAUAGAUGAUGAUGUUUGUUGCGCUGUGACAACAUUUUUAAAAUGCUUCAUGGAGACUUUAAGAGAUGAAUGUUGGAAUGAUGAUGGUGUUGAGCAAGGAUACGAUGCCUUCAGAGUUUUGUGCUUGCCUCCUUUGAUGCGGGGACUUGUAUCUGGAAAUUCAAAACUACGUUCUAACUUAACCACUUAUGCUCUACCCGCUCUAAUUGAAGUUGAUGCAGAUAGCAUAUUUGCAAUGCUUGGAUUCAUCUCCAUUGGCCCAAGUGCAAAGGCAACCAAACUAGACGUUGUUUUGAAAAAUGACCAGUGUAUAGCUGCUCUUGUUUCACUGCUUAAGGUCUCUCGAAAUCUCGCUCUUGUUGAAGGGGACAUUGAUUUGGAUUCUGAUAAUUUAUCACAGCCUCAGCAGGAGGAUAAUACGGGUGCUGCAGUUAUAUCUGUUAGAGGGAUUAAUGUUACAGUGCCUGUUAAUUGGUUUGCUUUGGCACUGACACACAGUGAUGAAAGUCUCCGUAUAGAUGCAGCUGAAUCUCUCUUUCUAAAUCCGAAGACAUCAAGUCUUCCAUCCUCCUUGGAACUAAGUUUGCUUAAAGAGGCAGUCCCAUUGAAUAUGCGUUGUAGCUCGACAGCAUUUCAAAUGAAAUGGACAAGUUUAUUUAGAAAGUUUUUUGCUAGGGUGCGAACAGCACUUGACAGACAUGUAAAGCAGGGGUCAUGGGUUCCAUCUUCAACCUCUAGUGUUAAAGGAGCUGAUUCUGUUGAUACUGCUAAGGCCGAUGUUGUCCGGAGGGCCGAAGAUCUCUUCCAAUUCAUGAAGUGGCUGAGCUCCUUUCUGUUUAAUUCCUGUUACCCUUCUGGUCCUUACGAAAGGAAAACAAUUGCAAUGGAGCUUAUUCUUACACUACUAGAUGUAUGGCCUCUUUGCUGCUCUGAAGGGAGGAACAAUCUUUAUCCUUAUAAUGACAGCAUAACAUUACCAGAUUCAACAAUUUCAUUUGUAGGGUCUAUAAUUGAUAGCUGGGACAGGCUAAGGGAAAGCUCUUUUCGCAUUCUCUUGCAGUUUCCAACACCGCUACCUGGAAUUUCCUUGAGUACAUCCAUAAAUGAUGUUAUCAGAUGGGCAAAAAAACUUGUGCUAAGCCCACGAGUCCGAGAAAGUGAUGCUGGUGCAUUAACCUUCCGUCUUAUAUUUAGGAAGUAUGUUUUGGAGCUUGGAUGCAUUCUUGUGUUUUCUGAAGAAAGUGAUUGCCUUGAAUGUCACACAAAAUCUAUGGAUGGCGAUACAGAAGUUACUACUAGUCAAAACCCAGUUGCACAAUAUAUUUCAUCGCUCAUUCGGUGGCUCUGUGCUGUUGUUGAAGAGGGUGAGAGGGAUCUUUCUGAAGCAUGUAAGAAAAGCUUUGUUCAUGGAGUUCUUCUUACCCUGCGCUACACAUUUGAUGAGUUGGAUUGGAACUCUGAGGUAGUACAAUCAUGUGUUUCUGAAAUGAGAUGCUUGGUAGAAAAGCUUCUUCAACUCAUAAUGCGUGUAACUUCGUUGGCACUGUGGGUGGUUUCUUCUGAUGCAUGGUAUAUGCCAUAUGAUAUGGAUGACGUGAUUGAUGAUGGUUCCUUCCUCUCAGAUGUAUAUGAGGAUCAACCUAAUACUGCUUCAGAAAUAGAAGAGAAGAACGCAAAACCAGGGAGUAAUGGCAAACCAGCCGACCAUGUUGUUAUGGUUGGUUGCUGGCUUGCUAUGAAGGAGGUCAGUCUACUUUUUGGAACUAUCAUCAGGAAAAUUUCGUUGCCUGGCUGUUCUCAUUCAAAUUCAUCUCAGAAUGGUUUGUCUGACAACACUGAGACAAGCAUGCCUACGGAAAUUCUUGAUGUGGAACAGUUAGAGACAAUGGGUGACCAUUUUUUACAAGUUCUUCUUAAAAUGAAGCAUAAUGGUGCAAUAGACAAGACAAGGGCUGGGCUUACUGCCCUUUGCAAUCGUCUUCUUUGCUCAAAUGAUUCAAGGCUUUGCAAAAUGACAGAAUCAUGGAUGGUGCUACUUAUGGAUAGGACAAUUGCUAAAGGGCAAACUGUGGAUGAUUUGCUAAGAAGGAGUGCAGGAAUUCCUGCUGCUUUCAUCGCCCUGUUCCUGGCAGAGCCGGAAGGAACACCAAAGAAACUACUUCCAAGGGCAUUAGAAUGGCUGAUAGAAUUUGCGAAGACAUCUUUAGCUAAUUUUCAGAAUGACUGCAACCAGAAGUCUGGAAUAACAAAUGGUCGUGCAGAGCUAUGUGAGUCACAAUCAGGAACUACCGUAAGUGUACAUUCUAAUGGAAAUUUAUCUAAAAGCCGAGAUGAGGGCGUUGUUCCCACAGUGCAUGUGUUCAAUGUGCUUAGAGCUGCCUUUAAUGAUGCAAAUUUGGCGACUGACACUUCUGGUUUCAGUGCUGAGGCAACAAUAGUUGCAAUACAUGCAUUUUCAUCUCCCUACUGGGAAGUGCGCAAUGCAGCUUGCCUUGCAUAUACUGCACUGGUUCGUCGCAUGGUUGGGUUUCUGAAUGUGCACAAACGUGAAUCAGCACGACGAUCAUUAACUGGCCUUGAAUUCUUCCACAGGUACCCAGCACUUCAUCCUUUCCUUUCUAGUGAACUCAGAAUCGCAACUGAACUGCUCGCUGAUGGAUUUUCCAGCAAUUUGGAGUCACACAUUGCGAAAGCCAUACACCCUAGCCUGUGCCCUAUUCUUAUUCUUCUAUCAAGGCUUAAGCCUUCACCCAUAAGCUGUGGAACUGACGAUUCUUUAGACCCUUUUUUGCUUUUGCCUUUCAUCCAAAGGUGUGCUACCCAGAGUAACUACCGGGUUCGUGUCCUUGCAUCAAGGGCAUUAAUUGGUUUGGUAUCUAAUGAGAGACUGCAGCACGUUGUUGGUGAUAUACUGGAUAAUUUGCCUCAUGGAAAUCAUGAAUUGGUAACUCACAGCGUUCAGUGUUCUGAUCCUCCCUUGUCAGCUAAUAUGGGAAAUGGAAAUUUACUUCUGCUUUCGAAGUCGUUUUCAUUCAAUAAAAUUCAUGGCCUUUUGCUGCAGCUGUCUUCUCUUCUGGAUAACAACUUUAGGUGUUUGACAGACAGUAGCAAGAAGGAUCAGAUUCUUGGCCAACUAAUUGAGGUUCUCUCAAGAUGUUCUUGGCUUGGCUGCACCAAAUUAUGCUCAUGCCCUGUAGUAAGUACAUCUUACUUGCGGGUAUUGGAUCUCAUGCUUGAUGUUGCAAGGACAGGGAAAAGCAGACAUACCGAAGUCAUCCAGACACUGCUGUUAGAGUUGAGCUCCCAGUGCUUGAACAAUACAACAUCAACCCGAUAUGCAUUCCAUGAUCCAACCCAGAUUGAACUUCAACAACAAGCAACUGAAUCAUUUUUCAGCUGCGUUGGUCUUUCUAAGAGACACGAUGAAACUUCUGAGGAAGAUGUUCAGUUCAAAAUACUUGGUGAACCCACUUCAAUCAUGUCAGAGAUGCCUAGCGAGGAGGUAUCCCUCCCUGAACUACAUAAGGAGAUUAUGUCAUGUCUUGCUGAUCCUACAUAUGAUGUUAGAAUUACAGCCCUGAAGAGGAUUCUUCGGCUCACAAAAUCAAUCAUACAUGGUGAUAAUAGAAACAUUUUGCACCAAUGGGCAGGAGCCAAUCUGCAACCUGUUUUAAUGGAGCGGUUAUUUGUGGAAGAACACCCGAAGUGCCUUUAUUAUAAUCUAAAGAUAAUCUUUUCCUGGAACAUGGAAUGUCCAUUCAACAAUGGAGAAGAUACCAGCACAAUUUUGCCCUUCUGGGACAGAUUAGUUCAUUUGAACAGCACCCUGUCUCAUGCAAAAACCAGAGAAAUAAUUCUAUGUUGCAUGGGUAUGUGCAUGAAGCAGUUUGCUAAAUUACUUAGGAAUGGUGUUAUGAUGGCUGGGCUCUCUGCAUCCUUUGUCAGAAUCAAUGAAGGGAAUAGAUUUUCUGAUGCCAUGCUUAGAGCAAACUUCUUUGUCAGUCUUGUUAAGAACCGAAGUGCACCAUCGGAAACUGUGAAUUCUCGAAGGGCUGUUGCUGAGGCAAUUGUUGCUUCGGGUCUUCUUGUAGAGGCAAGCUUUGUUGCUUCGUCUGUGUCCAACAUGUACUUCCCUUCAGAAUGUGAUGAAGGCCAUAUCAAAGAGAAAUGCAUGGAAGCUAGUGCUUUUGAAUUUAUCAGUCUUUAUACAUGCAAGAUACUUGACUUAUGGUUCAUAUGCAUUCAAUUGCUGGAGGAUGAGGAUGCCCAUCUAAGACAAGAACUUGCGAAGAAUGUUCAGAAAAUAAUAGCAAAGGGUUCAGCUAAUACCUUCUGUGAUGAUUCCACACCACUGCAAGUUGAUAGAGUUAUUGAAUUGAGCUUUGAAUAUCUAACUUCUUUGUUUGGCCACUGGCUGAAAUACAUCGAGUACUUGUUAAGGAUAGUCUUGGACACUGGUAACACUCUGAACUCCCAUGGAGAUUUAGUCCGUCAGAUAUUUGAUAAAGAAAUAGAUAACCACCAUGAGGAGAAGCUGUUGAUAUGUCAAAUCUGCUGUUCUAAUAUUCAGAAGCUUUUGCAGUCCAAAUGUCAGGUGGAUACAGGAGGAAAAACUGAAUUGUUCCUGCAGAACUGGAGGGAGGGCUUUUUGAACCAGCUCACAUCACUGACCAGUGGCUAUCUUGAGAAAGAGGGGGAAACUGAUUGGAUUGGCGGCAUAGGUAACCAUAAAGAUGUGUUCGUAUCAGUGUAUGCAAAUCUGCUAGGCUUAUAUGCUCUCACACAAUCGGGUUCUCUGGAACAACUGGAGGACAAUCAUGCAAUUUAUUUGCAAGAAUUUUUAGAUCUUCAAGGGUUUAUCACACCAUUCCUCAAUAACCCUUUGAUAUCUAACCUUUAUUUUCUGGUAAAACUGUCGCAUGAGAGGUUCAGAUCCCCAAAUGAGCCAGAGGACCAAGUGGAUAGUUCACGUCCAAGUUUUGAUCCGUAUUUCCUUAUCAGAUAAUUUUUGCCCAUGUACAACUAAUUCUUCUUCAUUGUUGUUCAUCUGUUGUAAGACUAAAGAUUAAUUGUUUUUAUACAAAUUUUACCACUCCA